GGGCCAAUGGCCAUUAAUUAGCUAUGCCGAAACAUACAUUAGUCAGCCCACAUUGAGCAAGCAUAAAACCCACUGCACAAAAAACUAGCGAUGACAUCGGCGGGGAACUAAUCUCCAGGUCACACUGAAGCCACAGUCUACACUGCACCACUCAAUGUCCAAAAAUGUCGGCCCAACUCGACUACCUCGGCAACAAUGAAUUGGCCGAAGAGAUAGAAGCGAUCAAUGCCAUUUACGACCCCGAUACCGUUACGAUCAACAGCACUGCGGCUUCGUCGUCUACAGUCAACUCUACUCUCGAUCUGGGCAGUUCCGGCUCAACGGAUCCAUUGGUCGCGACAGUGAAGCUACAGAUUCCUGAACAUCCGCAUUUGUCGUUUAUACUUGGGUUCGAUGCCUCGUACCCUGACACACCACCCAAGGUCCUCGGGACCGCAUCUACGGCGUCGCGCGGGGAGGGUAAAGUCGCGGUCGAUGUUUUGGAGGAUAUAUUAGGGAGAACGUACCAGCCUGGAGCCGUUUGCUUGUUCGACGUGAUUAAUGAGGCAGUGGAGGCUUUUCAGGAGUUGAGUAUUGGGGGAAGCAACGACGAGAAUAACAAAGAGCAAGAGGAAGAGACGGACACACUGGACCUGAAAGCCGAGGAUAUUGCUAGCUUGUCGUUAAAAGAUGCUUUCGGACUGGACAAUCCGCCUGAAUGGAUCUUGUCGGAUGUCGUGACGGAGAAAAAGUCUGUCUUUGUUGGGCGCGCAGCACAUGUUACAAGUCUUGAGCAGGCUCAAGCUUAUCUGGAUUAUCUCCUGGCGACCGAGAAGAAGGUAGCAGCUGCAACGCAUAAUAUCAGCGCUUGGCGCAUUAGGCAACAAAAACCGUCGAAUGGAAAGGGCGAGCCCGCCGAAAUGAUUGUUCAGGAUUGCGAUGAUGAUGGGGAGACAGCUGCCGGGGGCCGAUUACUCCAUCUCAUGCAGCUGAUGGACGUAUGGGACGUGGUCGUGGUGGUCACACGAUGGUACGGCGGAGUCUUAUUGGGCCCCGAUCGGUUUCGCAUUAUCAAUGCUGUCGGUCGCGAUGCGCUCAUGAAGGGUGGGUUCGUCAAGGAUUCGACCCCUGCAGGGAAUGAGAAGGGGAAGAAGAAAGGAAAGAAAUGAGCUCAGGGCCUGGAGUGGACCAUGAUCGAGCUUGCUCAUCGAUUGCCGGCUGAUCCGUUCCAUGCCAUGAACCUAUUCGUCGCAUC